AUGGGGACCCUCCCCUGCGACCCCGCUCCACGGACGACCCCGGUGGCCCUGGGCCGGCGGGCCACCGAGUGCCAGAUCCCGGAGACUGGUCUGAGGAGAGCCUGUGGGGCGGCCCCCUUGGAGAACGGCUCCGCCGGGCCAGGCUUGUACGCCCUGCCGUCCACCGUCGGCUACAUCAACCACGACUGCACCAGGGUGGCUGGUCCCGCCUACUCGCUCUUCCGGAGGCCCAGCGAGGCAUCUCCACAGGAGACCAGCCCCGGGCCGGUCUACUUCCUGGACCCGAAAGUCACCCGCUUUGGCCGCAGCUGCACCCCUGCCUACUCCAUGCAGGGCCGGGGCAAGUCUCGGGAUCUGGAGGUGACGCCCGGCCCUGGGGCCUACAGCCCAGAGAAGGUGGCCCCCACGCGCCAGCGGACCCCCCCAGCUUUCACCCUGGGUUCCCGCUUCCGCCGGCGGCCCCUGGACACCUCAGUCCCUGCCCCCAACACCUACACCCUGCCUUCCCUCUGGGGCUCCCAGAUCUUCACCAAGCCCAGCAGCCCAAGCUACACGGCGGCAGGCCGCACGCCCCCCGCCCGACCCCCGCAGGACCCCGCUGAGAUACCGGGUCCGGGCCAGUAUGAAAGCCCAGACCCCAACGCGUACCGUCAGCGCCGGCCGGCCUUCACCAUGCUGGGGCGGCCCCGAGCCCCCCGCCCCCCGGAUGAGACGCCUGGCCCCGGCACCCACAGCCCCGAGCAGGUCACCAUGACCAAGGCCAGGGCCCCGGCAUUCACCAUGGGCAUCCGCCACUCCAAACGGGCCACCACCAUGGCCGCGGACACGGCCCCCUGA